AUGGAGAAGGAGAAGGAGAAAAACAAAGAGAAGGGAGAGGGGAUAAACAUUUCAGAAGGGCUGCCAACGGAAACAAGUCCGUACACACAGUACAAGGACUUGGAGGAUUACAAGGAACAAGGAUACGGCACACACGGCCACCUCGAGACCAAGCCUGGCCACGGCGCCGCUGCCUCCACCGAUGCUCCCACCACAGCUGGUGCCGACGCUAUUAACCGCAAGGGAAUGCCAGCCCUCCCUUACCGGCCGAUGUCUGUCUCCGCCGUCAUCUGCAAAGCCCGCCGCCGCCGACGUCCAAAAUCUCCAGCAGGGCACGCCGUCGAAAUACAGUCGCCGGAAAAUGACUAG